AUGCCACGACUAUCCUCACAAUGCGCCCUUCCGCUUCCGGGCCGGCUGAAGGCUCUCCCACUACCCGUGGUACAAAUCAUCGGGACGCUGAUAUUCGCCAACAUGAUCAUCUGGGCGGCGGUCGGCGUAGUACUGCACUACUACCCAACGAUGAUCAGUCCGGCAGUCCUAUCAUACACGCUAGGGCUACGCCACGCGCUCGACGCCGACCACAUCAGCGCCAUCGACCUGAUGACCCGGCGCCUGAUCGCGUCGGGACAGCGUCCCGUGACCGUAGGCACCUUCUUCAGUCUGGGCCACUCUACCAUCGUCAUCAUCACCUGCAUCGUUGUGGCGGCCACUAGCGGCGCCCUGCGCGACCGCUUCGACAACUUCCAGUACAUCGGCGGCAUUAUAGGCACCAGCGUCAGCGCGGCGUUCCUCAUCCUGCUGUGUCUGGGAAACGGCUGGGUCCUGUAUCGCCUCGUGCGCCGUCUCCGUGUUGUCCUGCGCGAGGCCGACCCGCAUCACUCGGAGGAAGACGGGGCGGACGAGGAUCAGGCUGCGACUAACUUGCAGCUCGAGGGCGCUGGGUUCCUUGCUACUGUGUUCCGGAAGUUAUUUCGCAUCGUCGAUCGGCCGUGGAAAAUGUAUCCUCUUGGUGUUUUGUUUGGACUCGGAUUCGACACAAGCUCUGAGAUCGCCAUCUUGGGUAUCGCAAGCAUUCAAGGAGCGCAGGGGACGAGUCUUUGGGUUAUUCUCAUAUUCCCGCUCUUGUUCACAGCGGGAAUGUGUAUGUUGGACACGACGGACGGAGCCCUCAUGAUGGCGCUAUACUCAUCCAAGGCAUUCGCGCGUGAUACAGUCGCCAUCCUGUACUACUCAAUCGUACUGACGGGCAUCACGGUCGUCGUUUCAGCAUUCAUUGGCAUCAUCCAGGUCCUUUCGCUCGUGCAGAAUGUCGCCGAACCCGAGGGCUCCUUCUGGGACGGCCUCGGAGAGAUUGGAGAUCACUUCGACAUCAUUGGCGGUUCCAUUUGCGGACUAUUUCUCGUUGUCGGACUUGGCUCCGUUCUGGCCUACAGACCCUGGAGGCGUAGGGUCGAGAGGAGGCGUCGCAUUGCUAGCGAGGCGCAACGGUUACCGUCGGAUGAUGCUGAUGGUGCAUUCCACGAUGUGGAGGGUUGA